AUGGCAGAUAAAACUUCAUCUAAUAAAAACAAAAUGUCUGUCAAGACAGCAAAUAGUGAGCAAAAUGAAUCAUAUUUCUUUUUCUAUGGAAAUAAAUCGCCGUUUAGCCAGCAUUACAAGGCGAGAUUCUCUGUUGAUGGCGUUGUUUAUAACUGUGGUGAACAGUUCAUGAUGUACUCUAAAGCCGCUUUAUUCAAAGAUGAGGCCAUGAAACAGAAAAUUAUGUCCACUGAUGAUCCAGUCAAGCAAAAAAAGUUUGGAAGACAAGUUCAGAAUUUUGAGAAGGAUGUGUGGAACAAAGCGGCUGAAACAGUGGUAAAGAUAGCAUCUAAAGCUAAGUUUGACCAGAAUGAGGAAAUGAGGAAACAAUUGUUUGCUACCUAUCCGAAAAUUCUCGCUGAAGCCAGUCCGCGAGAUAGAAUUUGGGGCAUUGGCCUAGGAGCAUCAAAUCCAAAAACUUUAAACAAAGCCAAUUGGAGGGGACAAAACAAACUUGGGUAUAUUCUGACUGAAGUUAGAGAUGAACUCAUGAAAGAAUAUGAAUCAUAA